AUGUGCAGACUGCAGGCUCUUCUAAUUCACAAUGGUGGUGAAGGGGAGCACAAGGACCCUGAGUUCCUCAAAUUACAGCCCUUUGGACAAGUUCCUGUCAUUCAAGAUGGGGACUAUACUCUGUAUGAUCCCAAGAUCAUUCAAGAGAGUGAAGCAAAGCUGGGGAAGGUGUUGGACAUUUAUGAGGAGAGGCUGUCAAAGAGCAAGUACUUGGCUGGUGAUUUCUUCAGCCUUGCUGAUCUUAGCCACCUUCCGUUUAGCCAACACUUGGUGGCUGAUUUGGGGAAGGAGCAUAUCAUCAGGGACAGAAAACAUGUCUCUGCUUGGUGGGAUGAUAUCAGCAACAGGCCAUCUUGGAAAAAAGUCCACCAGCUUGGGGUGUUUGAAUUUCCUAAACGAUUAUGA